AUCCAAACCACUCAAUUUCUCAUGGAACCAACAGAUCUUCACUCCCAUUUUCCCUCUCCAUUCCAUGUCUCACAAUAUCUGAAUCUCUUCUUCAUCUUCCUAUGGAAACCAUUCUCUCUCCUCACUCUCUCUCUCCUCUUCUCAAUCCUAAACCUUCCUCUUCCAAGAAUCUUUCCCUCUAUUCCACCCAACCCAGAUCAAAUCUUGUUUCUUUAUCAAAACCCAUUUCACUUUCUCUCAAAACACCUUCUCCUCCCAAGUCUCUCCGAUCAUCUCUCCCAGUUCCUUCGACUUGGUUCUCCCAUCUCCAACAUGGGUUGGCGGCUGUAGCGAUUUCUUUGGCGCUUAACUUUUCCCCGUUGUUGGCUGGGCAUAAUGCUCUAGCGUCUGAAUUUGAUGUUCUCAAUGAUGGGCCGCCGAAGGAAACACAUGUGGUGGACGAUGCUGGAGUUCUUAGUCGGGUUACGAAGUCAGAUUUGAAGAGGUUGUUGACGGAUUUGGAGACGAGGAAGAAUUUUCAUAUUGAUUUUGUCACUGUUAGAAAGCUCACUAGCAAAGCUGAUGCAUUUGAGUAUGCUGAUCAAGUUUUGGAGCGUUGGUAUCCCACAGUGGAAGAUGGAAACAACAAAGGCAUAGUUGUUCUUGUCACCAGUCAGAAAGAAGGAGCCAUUACUGGUGGCCCUGCCUUUAUCCAAGCUGUUGGAGAAAAUAUUCUUGAUGCCACAGUAACAGAGAAUCUCCCAGUCUUAGCUACUGAUGAAAAAUAUAACGAAGCCAUAUACAGCAGUGCAAAGCGGUUAGUGGCUGCCAUUGAUGGCCUUCCAGAUCCAGGUGGUCCUUCAUUUAAAGACAAUAAGCGUGAAUCGAACUUCAAAACAAGGGAAGAAACCGAGGAGAAACGAGGACAGUUUAGUCUUGUCGUUGGAGGUUUGUUAGUCAUAGCCUUUGUUGUUCCUAUGGCUCAAUACUAUGCUUAUGUAUCCAAGAAGUAACAGAAAUGUGUAAGAGGCAGAUCUUCCCAUCUACUUUUUUCUCAUUCAAAUGUAUAACAUUGAUGUUGUACAAAGAGGAUCACUACAAGCUGAUUUGCAAGAAACCUGUUAUAAAACAAGAGUUUGAGUUA